GCGCAGCUCGAACAUUGAAGUCGUCCAAACGCAGGCGAUUAUAAGAUGCUCUCCCCGUCAUCUGAAGUUGUCUGUGAAACAGAUCUCGUGAAAGAAAUUUUGAUCUAAAUGCACACAGGAAAUCCUUGGUUGGUUGGUUUGAAACAAACAAAGCAGAAGCGAAGUUUCUUCUGACGUUUUCGCCAGUUGGACAGCACUAAGAUGGACCUUUGCGAGUUUUUGACUGCUUCUGCGCAUGAGCUCCGCUGUAGAGGUAGGGAUGGGAACCUCUUCCCAUGUGGAAGAUGUCAGCCAUGUGCGCUCCAUUCCCAGAUCUCCAGGACCAUGCAGUGGUUCCUCAGAGCUGGAGAUGAGCUCAGGAGGCACUUCCUCAUCGGCAUCCUCCUCCGAUGUCAAGGCACCGACAUCCUCAAAGACGUUGAAAGGCUUCUGAGGGUGACUCACUGCAAAGAUUUCACCUACACCAGAUCCCGCCAAAAGCCAAGUCUACAGGAGGACUCAACCACGUGGAGCUCCAGUCGAGCACUGGACGGUGAACUCCUCAGAAACACCAUCCUGGAAACAUGGGAUUGGUUUAGUGGUAGUAAACAAUGGACCAAAGAGGUCUAUGUUUUAAGACUUUUGCAGCUUUGCAACACUGAACUUCUUCACGCUCUUGGAAACCUUACCAACGUUCUCCUAAGAAGAGAGAGGAAAGACUUUCUUCUUGGUGAUGUUAGUGACGUUGAAGACGAAACGUUUUCCAUCCCUGAAUCCCAUUAUUCUUUCAAGUCAGAUAAUCAUCCUGAGCUGGACUUGCUCAUCUGUGCCAGUUCCAGCUACGGGGCACUGGACCAGGGCUGGGAUCUGAAGCCUAAGGAUGUCACUUUAGAAACUAUCGAAGUCCAAGACCCUGGUCUGCAGAAUGAAGCCAAGAAAGAUGACUCCAGCACCACUGGAGGUGAAACUGGGUCCCUGUGUUGUGAAGACCUGGCCCUCAUGGUGACCCCCAGAUCCUCCAAAGCGCUCUCCGGUGUCAGCCGAUGCAAGGACUUCAUCCGUGGGCUACCGGUUCACCUGGCCAAGAGGAUUCUGGGCCUGCUGGACAAGGCAGCUCUCCUCAGCUGUCUCUAUGUGUCCCAGCACUGGCGCUGUUUGGCCAAGGAGGUCUGGGUGGACUGGGAGUUCAAGAGGGUGUUGGAAAAUCGGGCUGUGAUCGCGCAGAGGAGUUCUUCCUCAAGGCCCAACCCAGCCUACGCCAACAUUCAGGAGGUCCUGGUACCCACUGAAGAUGAGGAAGAACAUCUACAAUUUGGGGAACAUGCCUUUAAUCCCAGGAGGGAGAGAGGCUUUGAGAAGGCCUAUGCUGGCAUCAACACCAAGGUGGUGAAGAUGGAGGAGAGGAAUGUUUACUGUGGCCCUUACAACCUCCUCCUGCUGUUGGACCGGAAGGUGCCGCAGCGAGUUGUGGACUACGGCGGAGGGCAGCUGCUGGCUGUAGGUUCCAAGGACCGGCUGGUGCAACUGCUGGAGGUGGACACGGCGAGGGAAGCGUCACCGGCCAUGCGGGGCCACACGGGGAGUAUCCGUGCCGUGCUGCUGCGUGAGGAACGGGACCUCCUGAUCAGUGCCAGCUUUGACCUCAGUAUCAGGUGCUGGAACUUGAAGACCAAGGCCUGUGUGAUGCUGUUCCGUGGCCACUCUGGCACAGUAACCUGCCUUGGGCUUCAUGGAGACAGCCUGGUAUCUGGGGCCAAGGACUGUAAGGUGAAAGUGUGGAACCUGGUGACGGGGAAGUGCUACGAGAAGCUGAAGUUCCAGCACAGCGAUCCCAUCCUGUGCGUGAAGACAGAUGGAAACGUGGUGCUGAGCAGCUGCCAGAAAGGUCAGGUCAAGAUGUGGAGUCUGAAGUCAGCCAUGCUCAUCAAGGUGUUUGAUGGUCAUGAGGGUCCUGUUCGAUGCUUGUUCUUCAACCAGUGGCAUGUCCUCUCAGGUGGUGCGGAUGGGUGCGUGAUCGCCUGGAGCACCAGCUGCGAUUUCCAUAAGUCCUUGGCCACCUACCAACACCCAAAGGAGGUCUUGGCUUUGGAGUUUCUUUUCCUCCGUGUAAUCACCGGCUGCUCGGAUGGGAAGGUACGCAUCUUCAACUUCCUGACAGGGAACUGCCUGAGGGUCAUCAAAGCCAGCAGUCCGCUGAGCCCCGUGCUCUCGCUGCACGCACACAGCAACAAGGUUGUCAUUAACACCAAGUCCAGCGUGGUGCUCCUGCGGUUUGCCGAGGUGCACUGGGACUACUCUCUGGAAUCAGACCGCACGUUGGUGGGCGAGCCAGCGAGGGAUUUGCCCAAGAACAGCUCCUCUGGGUUCCGGAAGCAUCCAUACCCCUACGUGCGGGCUGAGCGUAUGGCCCUCUUGGCCUCCUCCAACAGGAAGCUCUACCACCGCACAUCCCAGGAGGCCGAACGGCCAGCGCUUUCGCACCACGCACGCAGUUUGUCCACAGCGAGCAUGCGCCGAGCUCAAAAAGCCCAACAGGAGUCCUUACGGCCGGCCACGUGGUCCGAACUCCUAAAGUACCGCCGCAGCCGGGCCUACAUCGACCUUCAGCCGGAGUUCCUGGGCGAGCCGCCGUCGGCCCUGUCUCCCGGGAGGCCGGUGUGCAGACGUAGCUCUAGCGCCCCCUGCGGGGCUGAUCAGAUGGGAUCAGCUGCACGGCGACUCCCCGUGAAAGACCGGGACAGAACGAGCGUGUCGGUGUCCUGCAGCGAGAGGGUGGUCAGUAAUCGGAUCAGGAGGAGGGAGCCACACCACUCCAUCACCCCGGAGGAUGUUCUCCCAGCAGUGAACUCUUCCCAGCAGCUUCAGCGCACUGAUGAAGGAAACUACAACAUGGAGAACACCUGGGGGCCUCUCACACCCCCUGGAAAUAAGGACCUUGGGGGACGGCUGCCGUUGCCACGGAAACAGGGUUUACCAGCAGCACUCAGCAGAGCUUGGACUUCGAGUGGGACGGGGAAGGUUGUGCACCAAGUGGGUGCCUUCACAACAACCAGCGAGCAGGGUGGCAACCCCCCUCUGCCAAUGAUCUUGAGGAUACCCCCGAGAGGGGGGGCCCCCACGAGGAGCGUAACAUUCCCCACCAGUGGGGUGUGACAUGUGGCAGCUACAGGUGCCACACACACAGGGGUGUCAGAAACACUUCUUGUUGACAAGUGGAGUCCAGUUUUGCUGUGCUAAUUACAGCAG